UUUUUUAAGUGGUAAAGAGUAUCAAAUUAAUGCCCAGUAACUCUCUGGAUUAGUCAUGAAUGUGUAAAAAUCCAAAAGACUCUUCCCUCUAAACUGUCAUAAAUAUUUUAAUUUCUGUUCUAGGCAUCUUUUCUAACAAAAAAGCUAAACAUUGGAGGAAAAAGAGUGAAUCUUGCAAUAUGGGAUACAGCAGGUCAAGAAAGAUUCCAUGCUCUGGGUCCAAUUUACUACAGAGAUUCUAAUGGAGCUAUUUUAGUGUAUGACAUAACCGAUGAAGACUCUUUCCAGAAGGUUAAAAACUGGGUCAAGGAAUUAAGGAAAAUGUUGGGAAACGAAAUCUGUUUAUGUAUAGUUGGUAACAAAAUAGACUUGGAAAAAGAGAGGCAUGUUUCAGUUCAAGAAGCAGAAACGUAUGCAGAAUCAGUGGGAGCAAAACACUAUCAUACUUCAGCCAAACAAAACAAAGGAAUUGAAGAACUCUUCCUUGACCUCUGUAAAAGAAUGAUAGAAACUGCUCAGGUGGAUGAAAGAGCAAGAGGCAAUGGUUCUAGCCAGUCGGGAACUGCAAGACGGGGUGUACAGAUCAUUGAUGAUGAGCCACAAACACAGAGCAGUGGAGGGUGCUGUUCUUCUGGAUAACUGUAUAAAACUGUGGAUUAUUGCCCUGUCUACAUGAAGACUGCCAUAUUUCAAGUCAUGCUUUCUUUACAAAUGGAGUAAUAGAAUUAACAGUAUUGAAAAAUAAUCACUUAUAACACUGCAGAGACCUUAAGUGCUAAACUAGUGGAGUCAGACCAGAAAAUUGGCAUUUUCUACAGAGGUUAACAAAGCAAUUACCAAUGGCCUUUUUACAUAUUUUUCUUUAAUGAGGAAUAAUAUGCAUGUAGAAAAGACCUAUUUAAAGGCUUCAUUUAUAUUCUUUUAAAUCAGAUCAUUUAUUUAAUAACUUAUAUACAUUGUUGGAAGGGUAUGCAUUUUUGCAGCUGUUUGUAUUUUGUGGUAGAUUCAACUGUAUUACUUCUAAACUGCAAACUGAUUUUUUUUUUUUUUUUAAAUUAGCAGAUACCUGAACUAUUUUUGCAGGGCUUACACAAGCCCAUAACUGUCAACUACUUUGAUAUACUCUCUAUUCAUUCUGUAUACCAAGCUGGUAAAAUGCAUUGUAAAUUACAUAUUAAAUAUUUUAUCUGCUUUUACAAGUGCAGGUGCAGAAAUACCUACAUCAGUCUUGUCAGUGAGUAACAGUUGGUGGAAAGAUUCAGGCUUUUCAUUUUUGUACUUUGCUCAUUUCUUCACCCCUUCUUGCAGACUCCUAAUAGUGUAUUAAGUUACAUAGAGGUCUUUAAAAGUCUCUGCCUGGUAAGCAGCAGUAUGCUACAGAGCAUCUCAGGUGGCACAGAGUGAGUGAUGUUAACCUAGUGGGACUUGAGUUCGUGGUCAACAGUGGAGCACAUUGACAUCACAAGUCUGCAAUUGCUUCAUCCUCCCCUUUAGUUUCCCAAGGAAGCCUAAGCUUACAGAAAUUAGCCCUUGUCCAUGUGGUGACUACUAAAUGACGUUUUCAGUUGUAUAAUACCUUUGCCUAUCAGGACAGCAUUUUAAACUUCAAUGAGCAUUAGUUGUUCACUCAAGCUUUGUACUAUGAACAAGUAUGUGAAAUUUCAACUUUCCUGAAUUAUUUUUUGGUUUGAAGUGGAUUAUAGUGGAAGAUGUAAAGUUUCAAGAUGCAGUGUAAACUAUAGGAACACUAGAAAGGACUAAAUUAUAUUCCUGUUUUUGCUUCUUUCAUAAGGCUUGGUGAAGCCUUCCUUAAAGUUUUGGGCAGAGACUUUUGGAAAUAUUGUUUAAAAAUAUCUUCAGAAAAAAACACAUGGUGACAAAAGUUAAACUAUUGUGCUUUGACUUGUUCUGAUUUGUCAUGUUUGGGGAAAAAACAGUAAAAGUGGCAUCUAUGACAAAUAGAA